CCCCAGCAUCAAAUUGACAAACGGGCAUCAGCCGUCCACCAAGCCGUUAGCAACCGCGAUUGGAAAUCCCCAAGGACCAUAUUUUGGUAAACACACCGCGAAAUUCAUCGACUAGCAACUUUGAUAAUGACAGGAUCAUCUCCUCUGCGCCGGCAGAGCUACCACCGGACAAACGGAAGUCCACAACGAAACGUUCUUGAAGAAAUACUCGGCGACGACAGGAAUUCGGAAGCGCGUCAUAGAUACCUUCUGGAGACAGCGAAGAGAGAACACGAUAGGGUUCGGGAGGAAGCAGAGAGAGUGUACCGGGAGCAGCUGCAGAGGGAGGAGAGACAACGGCUGUUCGAUGCACGAAGGAAAGAGGAAGAGAGGAUCAAGCUGGAAGAGGCUCUCGCUGCGGAUCGCGCGCGGCUGAAUGAGCUCAAAGCAAAGAAGAUCGCGAUCCCCGCGCCUCUGCCCGACCCAGAACCACAUGUUGUGCCAACGGUCAAUGGAAAUGCUCCUGCUGCCUCGCUACCAACCAACAAUGCCUCGACUCAACCAAACGGGGCCACAUCGCAGAGACCGAUGACGGUUCCUGCCGUGCCGGUGCCAGGCGCUCAUGUACCCAAACCUCCCACUGCACCCAUACCAGCGCGGACUCAGAGCCAGACUCCAGUGGCGGUCGCGCACAAAACGCCGGAACCCGUGAAGCCAGCAAACUCAGUCCUCGGCAUCAACGGCCUUCUCAAUAACACGUCACAACCUAAUGGCGCCACCUCAGAUUCGGGCACAUCGCGCUCGGCUGCCCAGCCUUCGACCCAGUCGCGUCCCGACAGGCAUGCAGAGAUUCAUAAAAAUCUCAAGAUACUCCGGAAAUCCAUGGCUGACCAGGCCAAAACAAACGCAGCCUUGAAGGGAAGGAUGGGCGAUAUGCGGCGAGAGAUCCGCAAAUCGGUCGGGCAGCUCACUGUCACUUUGGGGGUCGCAGGAGUCAACAAGAUACAGCAACAAAACAUUCUCAGACUGCUGCGUGAGGCGCGAUCAAAUCAGAUGCAGUCGCAGUUGAUGGACCCCAGUAACUUCGUUCUGGAGCCAAGGAACCCCAUCGAGGGGGGCGCAAACAACGACGCCACUCUUCCAUCAAUAUUCCUCUACCUCAUCAACAUCUUUGCGAAAGCGGCAAUAGCCCAGUUCAUCAACGAGGCCGGCGCGCGGCCGGAGACAGCGGACCCAGUCGGUGUUUGCGUUGCCGCCACCCUCUCGGAGCCUGAUUUCCUGUGGCGCGGCACAUCGCUUAUCGACAUCAUGCUCGCCAAGUUCAGGAUAGUCUGUCCUGUCCUGUUCGGCUACCGAGGUAGCGAGAAGACGGAGCAGGGGAGGCAGAGGCUGGGCUGGUGGAAGGACAGCGGCCGGUGGGUACCAGAGCAACAACAUAUGGACCGCAUGACCGGUCUAGGGGCGGGUUUUGCUUCCAUCUCCCUGCGGAAUUUUGCCAUGUCCAAGAAGACGAACCCACUUCCCCCACGGGUAUAUUGGACGGCCAUGGCGCGAAUCAUCAACACACCACCCGCGGAGAUCUCCGACACGCAAUGCGUCGUGUUGAAGGCAAUGGUGGAGAGUUACGAGCAGAAGUUCAUCGAGUUCUACGGGACGGCCGCCAUCGCGGCUCUACGGACAGCGCUGCUCGACUUUCCCGCCCGAGCACCACAGAAGUCGGCGGCUGUAAAUUCACUCGAGGUUUUGGCGCAAAUGCUGAAGCGGGAUACGGGCUUGGUUCUUGGAUAAACGGAUUGGUGUACGGGGGAACGUACAUUGUUAGUAAUUCAUUUCUGGCUCGGGGGAGAGUCAACGUAGGGUUAUUUCAUCAUUGUAGGAUGGGACGGGGUGGCCGCAAUGACCGAAGAUAUGUCACGGUCUGGGGCGUUGCAUGUACACCAACCGUGGUUAUUGUAGAUACCCGACAUAUGAAGAAUACUAAAAAAGUGAAAAACU